AUGGCUGUCCGCGCCAGCUUCGAGAACAACAACGAGCUGGGCUGCUUCGCCAAGCUGACCAAUGCCUAUUGCCUUGUGGCCAUCGGCGGCUCCGAGAACUUCUACAGCGUCUUCGAGGGUGAGCUCUUCGGGACCAUCCCGGUGGUGCACGCUUCCAUCGCCGGCUGCCGCAUCAUCGGCAGAAUGUGUGUGGGGAACAGACAUGGCCUGUUAGUGCCAAGCAGCACCACAGACCAAGAGCUGCAGCACAUCCGCAACAGCCUCCCGGACUCGGUGCGGAUCCAGCGAGUCGAAGAGCGACUCUCGGCGCUGGGCAACGUCACCACCUGCAAUGACUACGUAGCUCUUGUUCAUCCAGACCUCGACAGGGAGACAGAAGAGAUCUUGGCAGAUGUACUGAAGGUUGAGGUUUUCAGACAAACAGUAGCAGACCAGGUGCUGGUAGGAAGUUACUGUGUUUUUAGCAACCAGGGAGGAAUUGUGCACCCCAAGACUUCCAUUGAUGAUCAGGAUGAGCUGUCCUCACUGCUUCAGGUCCCACUUGUGGCCGGGACGGUGAAUCGCGGCAGCGAGGUGAUCGCGGCAGGGAUGGUGGUCAAUGACUGGUGUGCCUUCUGCGGGCUGGACACCACCAGCACCGAGCUCUCCGUCAUCGAGAGCAUCUUCAGGCUGAAUGAAGCUCAGCCAAGCACCAUUGCUACCAACAUGAGGGAUUCCUUGAUUGACAGCUUGACAUGAGCAGUGUUGCUUCCUGCUUUCCACCAGUCCUCGAAGGAGUGGAGUUUCAACUGCACUUUGGACUACAGACAUCUAAAUCUUCUGAUGUUGCUUCUGCAGGCCCAAGCCCAAGGAAGAGGCUCCAAAGCCAACUUCUUGUAGUGUUCUGCAAACUCUUACUACAAAACCUGACAAAUUAUAUCCAUUAGUUACAAAUAAGGAAUGCUCUCCCUCCCUCUGUCUCUCUCCUUCCCUUUGACACUUUCUGGUUCUUCAGUUAAAAGGAUUUCCCAUUUUGUGAUGCUGAUUUAGCCCCUCAAGUUACUCAAAAUAUUUAUUCUGGGGGCUCUUGGAAAUUGUACUAGAGAUUAUUUUGCCUUAAAUCAUGCCUCUGUUGUGCACCAGCACUCUGUUUCAGCACACACACAAAUGGCACUGCCCUUCCUCUCCACACUGCUGCUGAGGAGCAUUGUUCCUGCUGUAGGCAGGCAGGAGCCCCUUGCAUGUGCAGUACCAGAGUAGUUUAUUUGCCACAAAGUAAUUCAGAAGUCAUCAGCUGCUCUGCUGACUUGCAGCUGCUCCCACAGGGCUGGUGAUUCUGAAGUGAUGAGCUCUGAUUCCAGCUGGGGGCCUCUCAGAAUCAGUCCAGAGGCUUUUAACAGCAGCAGUGUGUGACUGCCUCUGGAGCAGAGGCCUGCAGUGCCUGGUGGCCUGUGUCCUGCUCCUGAGGUACCUGCAAGGCAGAGCUGAGAAGAGCAGCAUGCUGGUGCCAGUGGGCUGAAGGUUGUUCCACAGGAGUUAGCCACCUGUGUUGGGAAACUCUUAAUUAAAACUUAGCAAACCAAAAAAAGAUUUAAACCACUUCAUCCUGAGUUGCCUCAGGAGCCAAGGUUAAGGGACACGGUUCUGACCAGGGAUGGUGGAGAUUUGCAGGCUUGCCAGUUGAGAGCUCUGCCCUUGUCAGGGAGUGAUGAUGACACAGGGGAGCUGUGGAUGCUGCUUUCAGGCAGGAGAAGGGCAUUUGCUCACUCAUCCCUCAUUUCAGUUGCUUUUCUUCUGCUUGCCUAUUCCUGCUUCCAUGCAACUGCAUCCCUCAGCUGGGUUCUCCUGGGGAGAGCUGUCCUGACAGCAGUGUGGGCAGAGCUUUUUUUUUCAGCCCUGGUGCUUCACCCUUGGUAAAUUUUCAUUUUUGUUUUAUUGUCUGGAUGUUUUGGGAAGGUUUAUUUUAAGUUCUGGUCGGUUAAGGGUUGCUCCUCCAACUUUUAAAUAAA